AUGGGUUCUAACUCCACAUUCUACACGACAACAGAGGAAACGCACAACCUCCUAUUAGUAGAUCUGGAACCCUCCGCACGCAACCCAAACCUCCCCAUUCAGCCCACCAUCACCAUCCAACCCACUUCCUCCACAGAUCGACCCACCAGGCCUCGUCCACCUAACUUCACCGAAGUAUCCCUCAUCCCUGAGAAUCACAAGACAAUAAACGAUCUGGCGAGAAAAACCAUACGUUUGUUAAAGUCGGAGGUAACGCAUGUGAACUUUGAACAAGCGAGGAGGGAUCUCAUCGGGUCUAGUUUAAUGGAGUCAAUGUAUUUCCUGACUGAUACUGAAGGCUCGAGAAUGAUGGCGACAACAUACUCCCCUUCGCCUCACCUGGUGGUGUGCGCGCACGGACUGGAAGGAGCAUCUAACGACCUCAGACAAGUCCGCAUAUUCCUUCAAGCGGCCCUUCCCAAGAGCGACCUGCACUUCUUAAUGUCGGACGCAUACAUGGAGGACACGUAUCAGGAUAUAAAGGAAAUGGGAAGACUAUUAGCGGACGAUAUCGUCCAGACGAUAAUCUGCUCCCCAAAACCGUACGAAAGAAUCAGUUUUAUCGGCCACAGUCUGGGCACACUGGUGGUGAGGGCUGCGUUACAAGAUCCUCUUUUGGAGAGAUACACCUCCAAAUUCCACACAUUCCUCAGCUUGUCAGGUCCUCAUCUAGGAAUGAUGUACUCGCCCAGCUACCUGGUUAAUGGAGGACUGUGGCUAAUGCAGCGACUCAAAGCUGGAAAAUCCCUUCAGCAGAUCGCAAUGAAAGACAGUAGCGAUAUAAAGCAAACGUACGUGUACAAGCUGAGUUGUAAUGAUAAACUCCACCACUUCACCAACAUCGUCCUCGUUUCUUCUCAACAGGACAGAUACGUGCCAUUCCACUCGGCUCGAAUAGAGAUCUGUAACGACGCGAAGAGAGACUACAGCUACAAUGGUCACGUCUACAGAGAGAUGGUCCACAACAUCGUACAACCCAUGAUAGACAACCCUAAUUGUAGUAUAUCAAGGUACAGUAUCCAGUACGCCCUGGAACAGGGCUCCGCUAACUCCAUGAUUGGUCGAGCUGCCCACAUAGCUUGUCUAGAUUCAGAGGUUUUUCUCAACAAGUUCUUCUCGGUCAUGGGAUGGAAAUUCUUCGUGUGAUCACGUGACUAUGUGAAGUUUUAUCGUUUACAUGAUUUUGUCGUGAUAUCACGUGAUUAUGAGUCUUUUUGACUGUUUGAGAUUUAUUAGAUCUUAUAUUUGUAGGUACGCCAUGAAUAUUGAAGUCAUAAGGGGCCAUCUACUUAGGACGUCCGGCAAAUUGGGAGGAGGGUGGUUUUGGAAUUUCGGAAAAAUCCGGACAGGGGGAGGGGGGAUGGUUUCUGAAAAUCCGGACGUCCGGAAAUUUUGGCAGAAUUAACGAAAAAGUGAUUGGCGAUUUUGGCGGUCGUCCUAAGUAGAUGGCUCCUAUACUUUUGAUAGAUGUCAUACCAAAAAGCCAAAGAGCGUUCUUAGACUCAUAUAGUUGCCAAUUUUGUUGAAUUAGUACUUGAUUAAGUGCCGAUUAAGAUUUAAGUUCGUUUAUAAACCGUCUCUUGAUAUAUGCUAUGAUUGCAAGAACACCUUUCAGUGUCUUAUAAUGGAAUACAUGUGUCAAGAAAAUUAAGUUUAAAAAAAUGUGAUUUAUAAGUUUGUCAGAAUAUGUAGGAAUUAGGAAUGGAUUAACUAUUGAAUUUGACAUCAUUUUCUAUUCGGUUUUGAAUUUUCCAAGAAUAAACACAAUGGAGUAAAGUUUAUGUUCUUGACGCGUUAUAUACGCAAUCAAUUUCCUGCACUUUUAUGGACCCCACCAUUGCCUAUUGUAACGUGUUAAAGGAUCUUAAAGAAUACAGAAAUUUCAAGCAGAAACAUUAGUCAUCUGUGAAACUGAUAAUGUCGGGGGAAUUGUGUGAACAAAUGUGAUAGCAAUAGAUUACUUACUAUUGUGGUUGUGUUAUUUUAGGGUCAAUAGUUGUAUCCGCUUUUCAAUUAUUUAGACGUUUGUUUUAGAAACAAGAUGAUCACAUUUAGUUAUUUUAAAGUUUUAAUAAAAGAUUCGUUUCUUGUUAAGUUAUUCUGAUUCAAUCUUUUGAUUUUUAGUUGCUUUGUGUGAAUGGCGGAUUGUAUCCUCUUUUCAA